UUCACUUUCUCGCGCUAGGAUUGCGGCGGCAUCUCACCGCACAUUCCCAUCCCCGGUCGUUUCUUUUUCCUUUCCUUGAUUUUUUCUUUCCUUUUCCCCCCUCCCGAUCCUUCGCCGCACUCGCUUUUUGGCUGACCAUGUCUGGUAGCAUAACGACGCCAUUUGGCCAUGCGGUGCCGCCUGCGCCGCGCCACUCCGUCACCGUCCAUAUGCCGGGGUGGGAGACGGUCGAGAAGUUCGCGUCCGACCCGGCCUCCGUCAUCGGGACCUUCCAGAACGUCUAUCCGCGCAUGAAGCCGCACCAAGAUAUCGCCGAUCUGUCCGCCGCCGUCCUCAAGUACACCGACGCCGAGGACCAAGCGUGCCUGCUGUUCUCGUCGUUGCAGUCGGCGAGGGAGUGCGUUGAAUAUGCCACCUCCGAGAGGCGGGACGACGGCACCAGCAAGAAGCCCGUUCCGCCGGACCAGAUAGUGGUUCGUACCUUCAACGCGGUGGAUCGCUUCUUUGCCGUGCUAUUCCCGUCGGAGUGGCUCAGCAUCGUCGCCAACUUCUGGGUCACGCCCGGUGCCGGCAUCUCGUCUCGGUUCGCCGACGCGAAUCUUAAGCGCAUUGCGUCGCUCGCCGAGCUCCCGACGCCGACCGCCGAGUCCGUCCGCCCAGGCUUCGAGAGCACGGCGCACCAGGACAUCCGCCACCGGAUCGUGCAGCACCUGGGGCGUUCCUCGCUGACCCCUCGCGACCAGCCGAGGCCGACGCCUGACGACGUCUACCUCUUCCAGACCGGCAUGGCCUCCAUCUUCAAGCCGCACACUUACAUGCUCAAGCGCAACGCCGGCACCACCGUGCUCUUCGGCAUGUCGUUCAUAAACACGCCCGUGGUCUUUGAGGAGUUCGGCCCCGGCCUCGCAUUCUUCGGCAAUGGCGGCGAGGAGGACCUGCGCGACCUCGAGAAAUUUCUCGAGGAAGAGAGGGACGCCGGGCGGAAGGUGCAGGCGAUCUGGACCGAGUUCCCGGCAAAUCCGCUGCUCGAGACCGCCGAUCUGGCGAAGCUCCGGGAGCUGGCGAGCACGUACGACGUCGUGCUCGCGAUCGACGACACGAUCGGCAGCUGGGCGAACGUCGACAUCACGUACGUGGCUGACAUGCUUGUUACCUCUCUAACGAAAUCAUUCAACGGCUACGCAGAUGCGAUCGCGGGAAGCGUGAUCCUCAACCCGGCGUCCCGCAAGUACCACGAGCUCAAGACGCUCUUUGACAACUACUACGUGCCGGAGCUCUACAUCGACGACGCCGAGGUCAUCGACCACAACAGCCGCGACUACAUCGACCGCACGCUCAAGCUCAACGCCAACGCCGCCGCGAUCGCCGACUACCUGCAGUCGUGCGCCGAGGACCCGGCCAGCGCCGUCUGCCGCGUCUUCUACCCAUCUAUCAACGCGUCGGGCGCGCACUACAGGCAGUUCAUGCGGCCGGACAAGAUCUCGGGAUACGGGUGCCUACUGAGCGUCGAGCUCGAGGACGUAGCGACGACGGCGGCCUUCUACGACGCGCUCAAUGUGCACAAGGGCCCACACCUCGGCGCCCCCUUUACGCUCGCCUUCGCCUACGUCAUGUGCAUGUACGGGGGCCGACUCGACUGGGCCGCGCGGUACGGCAUGAAGCCGACGCAGAUCCGGGUCUCGGCCGGGCUCGAGGAGACCGAGGCGCUGGUCGACGAGUUCAGGCUCGCCGUGCAGGCGGCCGACAGGGUCAAGCAGGGCGGUGGCGCCGAAGCCGCUUGACGAUGUAGCUAGAUUACAGAGAUACCCCCCCUCCUACACCUUCUACACCUUCCACCACGCCUCCAACCUUGACCGCCUCCGAAUCUAGACCCUUUCUCCCUCCCUCCCCCCCUUUUAUCCCGCCCCCGUUCGCACCCACUCCCCUAGACACUUUGUCGCGCCCGCUCGCAUCAUUCCGCUGUAUGUAUU